CUUUUUUAUUCAAAGUACUACUGUUUUUUUAAACAUUAUCAUUUCUUUCAAGGAAUAUGUAAAAUUAUUAAAUACGAAUUAAUUUUUUACCUCCAUCAUUCUGUUAUCGAUUUUAUAAGUAUUAAAUUAUUAUUUGCAGUUGUGAUUGUUAAAUAUAACCUUCAUAUUGUUAUUUCACAAUUUUCCAUCACUAAAACCUGCCGAUUACCGGCUCCCUCCAAAAUGUCAGGGAGAUCCUACACAAUGAAAGAAAUGAGGAGCAUUGUGGAGUAUUUAGUUACUCACCGAGCAUAUGGUGAGGUUAGAGGAAAAAAAAUGUGGAUGGACUUUGCAAGUACUUCUCAAACAACUAGGACAUGGCAAAGUUUGAAGGAGACAUUUUUGAAGAGAAUUCUACCGGACAUACACAAUCCAUAUUAUAAACUAACCAAGGAACAAAUACAGAGCUUUAGGCAAGGGUAUGAUAUUGAAAAAAGAGAAAAAAGCAAGCUUGAAGUAUGCCCUGUUGAUGAAGUGUCAACAUCGAAAGUUGAAAGUUCGAAUAAAGCCCAGCCCAGUACAAGUAAUGACAAUGAUGGAGAAAAAGCAUCAGGUGAGGAACCUCUACCUUCCAAAAUACCACAACAUAACCGAGCUUCUACUGAAACUAUUGUACUUGAUCCUGAGGAAGUACAGAAGGAGUUGGAGUCACCAAGGCCUGAUAAAAGGAGAGAGUCACUUGAUGAAAAUGUAUUUAAUAAAACACUAAGGGAUUUUAUAACUUAUGCAGAACCACUGACUCCAAUUUUACAUGAAGUCUUACAUGAUUUUGCUACUGAUGAAUCGGAUGAAUCAAGCAGUGAGCCAGUUUUAAAGAUAGAUGAAAAUGUAAUAUCUGAAAAUGAGAAAGAAUUAUCGAAAAACCAAUCGGAAAAUAAAUCUAAACAUAAUUGUGUUGAUAAUAAUAUUGUAGAAUCUAAUAUUGAUAAAGAAUCCGAAACUGUCUCUUCAUCUAUUGUUGUUGUUAAUGAUGCAGAAAAUGCUGUUGACAGUACCCAAAAUAAAGAAGCUGAUCAAAACAAUCAUGCAGAAAAUAAUUUAACUUCAGAAGGAAGUAUUAAGAAAAAUGAUGAGACCACUAAAGAAAAAACAAACACACAAAAUAGCUCUGGUAGCACGAAUGAUACAGCUUUGCCAGGGAAUCAAGAACAAUUUGCAUGUAUAAAUCUUCAGAAAGUAAAUUUAGUCAAUGAAGAGCCAAAUAAAACUAUCGGUAAUAAUAAACUGAAAUUAUCUAGAAAGAGAGCAAAUUCACACGAUAUUUUAACUAAUACUGAAAUAAAAAAAAUGUCGAAAGAAAACAAUAAACAUAAAUCAAUAUCUGAAGCUGGUUCUGGUACAGAAGAUAAACAAAAUUACUUUAAACACCCUUCAACUUUAACAAGCAAAGAUAGAAGAGAACCCAAGAAACAGUCUAAUGAUGAAUGUAUAACAGAUAAAAGCAAAGAAGACACAAAUAACACAGUCCAAAGGAGAUCACCAGACAGUAGAAGUGAUGAAAUGCCUUCUUCUCAAUUAAAUCCUUGCCUAAAAAGUGUAAGUCUAUUUGCUGAGCAGUUUAACACAAAUAAAUAUUCUGACUCCGAAUCUGGUGAAGAAAUGAAAAAUACAAAUGUUAAAAAAGACUAUAAAAAUGAAACUAAAGAUGCACAAAGCUCCGUUGAUCCUCCAAGAGAAAAUAACCAAGAUAAAGGAAAUAAUGUUAAUAAAAAUCAACACACUGUAAAUAUUGACAAGGUAGUAAUUUUAAAUUCACAAUCUGAAUCUGACUCCGAAAGUAAAGAUAUACGACCAGAAAGAAACCAAAACAAACGAAAAGACAUACAAUUUAUUAAUAAAAUACAGAGAGAAAAAGCUAUAGCUAGUAUAUUUGGAUUUUCUAGUGGUGGAAUUGUUAGAAAACGCAAGAGGAAUCUAAGUUGUCAAAAGCCAUCCACAUCACAUCGUUUUGCCCCAAGUUAUCUAAAUAAUAUAAGUGUAGAAUCAAGCGAAUGGACAUCAGAGAGUGACAGUGAAUACAUAUCGCCUCCUCGUAGUCGCAAGUACAGACAAACUAGAAAAUAUUUAAAACCAAAAUCAGCCCGUAUAUUAUCCUUGCAAGAGGAAGGCGGCUUGUUCGUUAUGCAUGGAAAGAGAAUCUAUCCACUUGUAAAAGACGGAAAUAUUAUCAAAAAUUACCUAACCUAUGAAUCUGAUAGUGAUAAAGAAGACGACCCUAGCUACUGGAAGAAAAAAUAUGAAGAGGAAAGAAAAAAAACUGAAGAAUUAAAAGUAUUACUGGAUGUGGCUAACGAAUCGGAGAAGUCAAGAGAAGUUUCUCCUAUACUUCCCGUACACUCACUACGACCAUUAUCAAGUUCACACAAUUGUCCAUCGCCAAGGAAAGCCAAUGAAAAUAAGGAACAACUUCCUGUAAAAGUAGAGAAAAAAGAAAAGAACGCAGAAGAGAAGACAGUAAAAAUUAAAUUUACAAAAAAUAAUGAGGAGUUACAAUUAGAAGGCCACUGGUCAAACAUUCACCCAGUUCUUGCUGAAGUGGUGCAAAUUUUUAACAAAGAAGAAAAGGAUGCUGUCAAAGAUAUUCCCGUAGCCUCUAAUGGUCACGUGAUUGGGCGAUGUAAUGGUGACGUGAAUCAUGUUGCAACUAUACCAAUUAUUAUUACACCUGAUACCACUGCGCCUAUUGCCACUGCGGCUGUUACAGCUGCACCAGUUGAUGAAGAUGUCCGUGACAAAGUGAAUAAAUUAGAGAGUGAGAUUUUCAAAGAAAUAGAAGAAAGAGACAAGGAGCAAUUAGAAGAAUUUAAUACUGAAAACAAUGUUACUAAUAGGAAGAGGCCUGGCAGGCCGCCAAAAUCAUCGAUUUCAAAUGAAAAACCGUCAACCAGAAACUCUUCGCCACGUCCAAAGAGAACUAAGAAAUCCAACAACGAAAUAGAAAAUAACAAUGUAAACUCAGUAGCAACUGUUGAGAAUAUCUCGACGCCACGGCCAAAACGGAAAGUAAAUACGCCCAAGAAAAUUAUAGAAGGAUCCACCGACAUUCCUGCCAAUACUGAUACUAAUAUCACAAAUAGAAAUUCAAGAUCCAAUCUUGUGAAGACUGAUAAUGAUGUCCCUGAUGAUGAUGAAGUACGGUACAUGUUUCCACCAAACAAGCAAACUCAGAGGAAAUCUGCCGUGUAUAUCAACAAAAAACAGAAACCAAGCAGAAGCUUAACGGACAUCCAUAAAUUAUUUGCUUCGCCUAAUCAAUCACUGAAGUCUAUAGAUAGCACCCAAGGAUAUCAAGAUUCCGAUGUAAGCCCAUCCUCAGAACGUAUAAUCAUAAGACGUAAAAGGAAAUCGAGUCUGUGUAAUGUAUUACGCAAAAACAAAAUUAGAGUACGAUAUACUCGAAGGAAAUCUUAUCCUUAUUUUGCUGAUGAUAAUUCCAGUGAAUCUAGUAAUCAAUCAAAUUUUAUAAUACGCAAACGUAACACCUCCUUGAAUCCUGAAAUAUACAAAUCGGAGUCUUAUCAAUUGUUGAUGCCGCAACAACGAUGUAAUUUUAGAGUUUUGGAAAAAAUAGAAGAAGACCACACUGUGACGAAAGAAUUGACUAAGAACAACACUAGUGAACCUAUGGAACGUGUUGAAAAUGAAAUUGAUGGAAAACGUCUCAAAAUACAGGCAGAUAUUGAUUCCAACGACUCUGUUCGCGGCAAUUCAGAAGCCGUAAACUCGAGUAGUAUAUCUUUGCCCUUAUCACCUGAACUAUCAAUUGUAGAACAGUUGUCUGUAAGCAGAGAGCUAUUAAAAAGCAUGCAAAACCAACCUAGUAUUAAUGAAAUGCAAGCUGCUAAUGAAAAGGCUAAUGUAUGUGCAGAUUACAAUAAGUACUUGAUUUCUGAACUAGAUGUCAGUAUGCCAUUAAUGGGGCAAACGUGUAACAUUCAAAAGAACCCGCCACCAGAACAUAAUCGGUUCCUAGCAAAUGCACCAACUAUUUCAGAGUCAUUAUUGGAUCAAAUAGAUUAUGUAAAUAUUAAAGACGCUCCAUCUAUAUCUGAUUCGUUGGACCAAAAACUAAGAGAUUUACUAUUGGAGAGUGCUAAAAAGAUACAAGAGCCACAAACAACUAGAGACGUUUCGAAUAAAAAUAAUGCGGCUACACCAGAAAUCGAUUUGAAAAAGAAGGCAAAAACUAAGAAACGUUGCUCGACACCGUGUAAACGCAAAAAUACGCAGAAAUCUAAGCUACCCAAAAUAGACCCUGUCGUUGAGGAAGAACGUAUGGAAUUCUGUUCUUAUAACGGUAGAACAUCUUGUCCGCCUAUUCAGAUCGUGACUAGUGAACAUACCGAAAAUAACGCGAACAUAAAUGAUUCUAACGUACGUAAAGAAUCGCUUAGUGAUAAUAAAAUAAGAAAAAGAAUAAAAAAGGAUGUUCUCAAAGUUAAAAUAUUGAGACCUAAGAUUAAGAACCCAAAAAAAGAUAAGGAUUUAGGGAGUAAACCGAAAGACUCUAGCAGAGCAUCUGUACAAACUGAUAGUGGUAUAAAUGACGCAUCACAUUUAUUUAUACAAAGCUUAAAUGAUAGCAUUGAUCUUAUUCACAAUCAUUCGGAUACCUGUCUGCAAACAAAUGAAUGCAUAGACAGUGUUGAAUUGAUAGAGGCCAAAGAGUCAAUUAUAACAUUGAAUUCAAAUUCUGACGAUUCAUUUGACAAACGUUUAUUAGUUACCAGAGACAACAGAUCGUUGUCAAGUGAAUUAUUUUGCAAUAAUGCUCAAGAUGGGACCAAUGUAACAUGUGCUACCUCACUAAAAUCCGCAUCGAAUAGUGAUACAGUAUACCAAAGUCCUGUUGGUAGCGAACUGUCCCCAAAUAGCCUCAUAACAGAAGAUUUAUCCGACGAUUUACCUUGUCUUCCUUUAGAGUCGUCUCUUCCUAACGUUCCCACUAAUAAAUGGUACCUGUUCAGUGAAGAUGAAGUUACAAAUUCAUACCUUCAGGCACCUAGUGUUGGUGCUAACCUUAACCAAAUAUUCCCGAUAACGUGUGCAGUGCCUGACCUUUCCACUAUUACUGAAAUGUCUAAAGAAAAUGACGACAAUAGUAGAAAACCAGCAUUCAAUAAUAAUGAAGGUACAAAUACAAAUUUUAAUUCCCAGAGUUUGUCUAAUUUGUUUAUGAGCUAAAAAAUAACUUUAUACACCUAUCCCCCGAUUUACACGGUACUUGUUUUACACGUUUUCGCUUUUACACGGUUUUCCAAAUAAGUUUUUUUUUUUGUUUUUAUUGCACUCUACUAAAUGCUACUGUGUUUGAACACGUGCACUGUGUACACAUCUCACGGGGAAUCCCGAGCUUAUGUGCUGACUUGCUGCACAUGCACACUGUGUCUGUAUUUCUUCGCAUAAAAUUAAAGUUUUAUCUACGGAAAAUUGUAUUUGAGUGAAAGUUUCAGUGUCAGAAAGAUUUAAUUUUUCAGUUUAAUGUAUUGUAAUUAAAUAAAAAAAACAGUGUUUCCGUAAUAUAUUACAUAUUUUAACCUGUCAAUGCAUUUUAUUUUUAUUUCUGUGUACACCUAAAAAUAUUGAAAAAAAUCACAACUGUUAAAUAGCAAAAUUAUGCAUUUUCUGCAAGCUUUUCGAUUUACACGGUUUUGACUUGAAAAUUUUUAAUUUUCGAUUUACACGUUUUUCUCAGGAACGUAUCUACCGUGUAAACCGGGGGAUAGGUGUAUAUGAGUACCUGAUGACAUGUUUAUUUAUUGUUAGAUAUAUUUUAUAAUUUUUGUUUCUGUUAAUAUAAUAAUUGUUAAUUUUUUAUCUGUUAAUUAAUGUUCCAUGAGGUCAUGCUAUAAACUUAUCUAUAAUUAUUAUGAUUUAUAAAAGACAAUUCACUAUAAAUAAAAUAUGAUAUA